AGUUAAUUCCACCCUCGUUCAGUUCUUCCUAACCCGGACUAAAGUUCCGGGACAUUUUUCUCCUCCCGCUCACCUGAGCCCUAGCAAUCCUUCACUGCCCUCUAUCUCUCACGCAAACCCAGACGGCCUCCUUCUGUCUACCUUAACGGCGACACAAAACCAGGACAUUGUCGAUUUGGUAGUUUGGUCAGUUCCAGUAGCUCUACUUCUACCUAAUAGAAUUACCCAGAAACUAGAAAAUGGCAGGGGAAGAUGAGGACUUGCCUAGAGAUGCAAAGAUUGUGAAGAGGCUGCUAAAAUCAAUGGGAGUGGAGGACUAUGAACCUCGUGUUAUUCACCAAUUCUUGGAGCUUUGGUAUCGGUACGUGGUGGAUGUACUCAGUGAUGCUCAAGUUUACUCUGAGCAUGCUGGCAAGGGGGCGAUCGAUUGCGACGAUGUCAAGCUUGCCAUUCAGUCCAAGGUCAAUUUCAGCUUCUCGCAACCCCCUCCAAGAGAGGUUCUGCUGGAGUUGGCCAGAAAUAGGAACAAGAUCCCACUGCCAAAAUCCAUCGCAGGGCCUGGAGUGUCACUUCCACCGGACCAGGACACCUUAAUCAGCCCAAAUUAUCAACUGGCAAUCCCAAAGAAACAAGCAGCUCAACCAGUUGAAGAAAUGGAAGAGGACGAAGAAACUGUUGAACCCACUCCACCCCAAGAGCAGAGGCCAACUGAUCUGCCACAGAAUACACCCCACAGGGUAUCUUUUCCCCUUGCUAAACGCACCAAUUGAAAGCUAUACAUGGUACGUUAGGGAAGACGCCUGGGAGUUCACUUGGACUAGAAAAGCGAUAUCAAACUGUUGCUAACUCAUCACACGUCGAUUUGUAAUGAUAUUGUUACAUGUAUUAGAAUGUUGAACUCUGUGCCAUUUACUUUUGGUAUCUUCAA